CCUGGGGUGCCAUGAUGUUGUGCAGUUCUAUGCCUGAUGCUCAUAGAUUGAUUGGUGAUGCUAGAGGUUAUGAUGCAACUGUAACCUCAUGCAUGCAACUAAGGAGACAUGAUCCCCCGCAUCAACUUGUGCACAGCAGUACUUUUGUGCAUCAUCUAUGCCUAAUUAAAAUUUUGAAACUAAUGCCUGAGUUCUGCAUUAUCAUAUGCCCAGGCAAAGUGACAGGGACGUAAAAUCCAGGGACGACGACUGGAUACGCUAAAUCUUCUCCACACAAAAGGAAACUUACCCAUGUAGCCUGGUACGCCAACUUGCUGUCCGCUCAACUUGCCGCGCUAUAUAGUGUAGGAGAUCUCCACAAUGGCGGGUUAUGCCGUUAUACAGAGAGACACAUUGAGAUGGAGACGUAUCGUACUACUUUCCCAGACGAAGAUUUUGUAGCGCUGUUGCUUUCUCCGGCGGCGCCGACAUUGAACCCGUUGUUCCAGGCAUCCGCCGGUGCUGGUGCGAAUGGCGGCGGCCAUGUGACCGGUGAUUCUUCUGGCCAGGACUAUGCUUUUUCUUCUCCUAUGCUUGGAGAUAUGGAGAUGGAGACGGAGACGGAGACGGAGACGGAUACUACUAUCCAACACGAACAAUUUUUAGAGCUAUUGUGUUCUCCGGUGGCGCCGAUACCGGAGCCGUUGUGCCAGGCUUCUGCUGGGGCUGCCAUUCCUUCGUCUGGAAAAGGUAAACCGUAGGACUCAAACUCUUUGGCUGAAAUCAUGUCACCGGCUCUCGGAUCUCCGGCCACGCAUGACAACUUCGCAGCACCCGAACAGGGCUCCUGCAAUAGUCAGCCCUCACGACUUCCACGUUGUCGCUGCGCCAGCAGCUCUGACCUUCCCUCAUGAUCACUGCCCUUGCUCACGCCGCGCCAUUCAGGUCACAGCACCAUCUUCUCCGGCCACUGCUGCAACGCCAGCCACUCUUGCUCCCGGCAAGACCCCCCAGUAGCCAAGCACCAUCCCGUCUCCAGCAGCAGCCGUCCGCACCAGCAUCUGCUAGCAGCCACCCUCUAGGAAAAGCUCUACUCUACUGCAGCCUCACCAACAGCACCCAGCUCUCCCUCCGGCAGCGGCUCUCCUUCCUGCCGCCAUAAGCUCCACCGGCCUCUCCUCUCUGUUUCCUUUUUAUUUGUGGAGGCUGGUUUCAAUUUUUAAAUUUUGAAUUGUACAUAUGUUAAAUAGACAAAGAACCUGGAGAGCUACGGCAAUGCCCAGUGGCAUGGGCGUUGAACCUGCCGUUCCAGGCUUCUGCCAGUGACACUCUGAUUGUUAGUGCUGGUCAUGUCGGUGACUCGUUUGGCCAGUCCUGUGCUUCUUCUUCUCAUAAGCUUGAAGGAGGAGUUGACGAUGUUGAGAUCAUUGAUAUGUUUUCUCUGCCAUCAUGUCCAUCUCCCGCGGGUUUGAUUCAUUUGGAUGGCUACCAACCAAUGCCAUACCCCCAAAACUGCCACUAUCAGGAAUCUGCUGCAGCUGCCAUGCCUCGGCAAGAGAAAGUGAGAGAGAUGGAGACGAGUACUAUUUUCUCAAAUGAAGAACCUGGAAUGCUACAGCAUUCUCCAGCGGCGUGGACAUUGAACCUGCCAUUCCAGGCUUCUGCUGGUGAUGGUGCGAAUGGUGGCCAUGUGAGUGACUCUUUUGGACAGUCUCGUGCCACUUCUCAUAAGUUUGAAGAAGGAGAUGACAAUUUUAAGAUCAUUAAUAAGCCUCCUCUGGCAUACAGGCCAUACCCACAAAACUGCUACUAUCAGGAAUCUGCUGCAGUUGCAAUGCCUUGGGGAGAGGAAGAGAAACCUGGAAAACUAUGGAGUUCUCUGGUGGUUUGUGCGAUGAACCUGCCAUUCCAGGCUUCUGCCGGUGACAGUGUGAAUGUUGGCCAUUCAGCUACUGGAAAACGAAAAUGGCUGGCCUCAACUCCUUUGGCUAAAAACACUUCACUCGCUUCAAUACCUUCAAAGCUACGAUCCUGUGCUCUCGGACUUGGUGAUGCUAUGUCUAUAGAACUGACAACAAGUGAGUUAUCAAAAGUCAAAGCAGAUGAUAAUAAUAAACGUAGGAGGAUGCUGUCCAACUGUGAGCCUGCCAAAGGUAGGAAAAGAAGAAACGAAGAGCCUAUGAAAGAACUUGUGAUUAAAGAUCUUGCAAUGCAGGUUGCAGAGCUCAAGGCUGAAAAAGAUUCAUGGUCCAAGCAUCGCAAAAAUGAAGGUGAAAAGUACCAGCAGGUUGCAACUUCUGAAACUCAAGUUUUAAAAGCUAAGAUUGACUCAAUAAAUGCCAAAAUUGAGGAAAUGGGAGCAAACGUUGCAGAGCUCAAGGCUGAAAAAGAGUCAUUGUCCAAGUCUCUCACAGGUGAUGGUGAAAAGUACCAGAUUACAACUGCUGAAAUUGAGGAAAUGAGAGCCAACAGUGCAGCGAUGGGAGCAAACGUGAGGAAGCUUGCAGAUAUGGUUCAAAGUUUGAAAGGCUUCAACCCCGCCCCCUGUCCCGUGUCUGAUGUACCUAGCACCGGUGUGCCAUUUGUCAAUGGGCAGUCUGAUGUUCCAAUCGAUGCUUCUGUCCCAACACAACUUGGCACAAACUGCUCUGACCAUCAACUAGUUCCUGAUACUACAUAUGCUCCAUGCGUCCAAAGACCAAGCAAUAUGUUUCACUGCAAUACCCCUGCUGUCCCAGCUGCUGACAGCGAGAAGAUCGAUGCUAAAGGAAACAAGAAGGGCCAAACAUCUAUCUCUAGUGCCCCUGAUUGAAAAAGUAAUAAGCAGAAGUGGAUCUCAGAUGUUCCAUCUCCCCGGUUUUUUGGGUCUAGUGGCUCUGAUCCCAUUAGGUAGCUUUUAUUAUUGGCUGAAGAACAUCUUAAAAAUUCAAACUUCCUCUGCUUUCAUUUUGUUUAUCUUGUCCGGUUCUAUUAUGUUGUCUUUAAGUAUCAGCUAGAAGCUACAUAUAUUAUUGCAUGCAAGGCUCAAAACACAUUCUUGCAUGAAAUUAGUUUCUGGUUUGUUAAUUGCAGUGGUUCCUCCAACACAGCAAAAAGGCAUGAAAUACAUAACAUAGAAAAUCAAAGAAUGCUACAAAGAAA